UGGCCAAUCUCCGUACAAUUAAAACCAGUAAUUAAUAAUAGUGAAGACUAUUUCGGACACAUCUAGACAAUUUUUGUGCUUCCACUUUCCCUAAUUGUAUCAGUUGAUACUUUCUCUCCUUUUUUUUCCUUCAGAUGCCUUUGUGUGUAUAUAGCAUAUUUAUGCAGAAAAUGGGAAGGGGAAGGGUUCAGUUACGGCGGAUCGAGAACAAGAUAAGGAGACAAGUGACAUUUUCAAAGCGAAGAACGGGUUUGGUGAAGAAAGUUCAAGAGAUCUCAGUGUUAUGUGAUGCUGAUGUUGCUUUGAUUGUCUUCUCUCCAAAAGGCAAGCUCUUCGAGUACUCUGCUGGUUCCAGCAUGGAAAGCAUUCUUGAUCGAUAUGAGAGAUGUUCAUUCGCCGGUCAAAAUAUUCCUACACCAAGUUUGGAGUCACAGGGUGAGUGCUCAACAGAAUGUUCGAAGCUCUUGAGGAUGAUUGAUGCUAUGAAAAGAAGCUUAAGGCACUUGAAAGGAGAAGAGGUUGAUGCUCUAAGUAUCAGAGAGCUCCAGGGUCUGGAAGUGCAACUUGAUACUUCCCUCAAGAGAAUUCGCUCAAGAAAGAACCAGCUCAUGGUAGAGUCCAUAACGCAGCUCCAGAAAAAGGAGAAGGAACUCAAAGAACUGAAGAAACAGCUAACAAAGAAGGUUGAUCAAAGAGAAGACAUUGAGACUCAAAACCUCAGCCAAGGGUUAGCCUCAUUGGCAACGCCACCAUGUGAGCCACCGCACCCGUUGCCCGAACCAAUAUCUCCCAAUCCUCCUUUACCACUUGGGAACAUCUCGCAAAGGAAUGAAGUUGGAGAAGUAGAUGGUGGAACCCUAAUAAUUCGACCGACGAAUACAACAUUGCCGCACUGGAUGCCCCGGGUCACUGGAGAAUAGAGGUCGAAAGGCCAUCUUUGGUUUGUUAUUUUCAGUACUUAUUAGUAUCGUAUCUAGUAAGGAAAUAACUUCUCGGUUUAAUUAGUAGAACCAAACCGAAUAUCAGGAACUAUUUUCGGUUAUGUUCCUGAUAUUCGGUUAUGGCAUUCUAAUAACCAGCAUAAGUAAGAUAUCCUAAAGUUUCAAACUUCGAAACGAAUUUAUUAAAAUUGUAUCUCGAAUGUGAUUUUGUAUUCCUUCUGUUCUGAAAUGUAAGAUGUUUU